CGGGCAGAGCUGCAGCCUCUGGGUCUGGGAGCGCUGGAGCGCUGAGCGCUGACAGCAGCGUGCUCCCCUGUGCAAGUUUCCAGAGAGCUUUUCCUCUUGGCACUGCCACAGCCCAGGCUCCUGCUCGACACAGAUGUUCCUCCAGCAGCUCCCAGGAAGGCUGCUCCUCGGAUACAAUGUCAUACCCAGAGCUUCGCGGUCCGCCUCAGCCUUCUAGGAGGACUCGCUACUGAGGAGAGCGAAUGCUCAGAGAAGCAUGAGAUGCAGGGCUUUAUCUGAUAUUUUAUCUCAGCUAGAGUGGCUGCUGAACUGCCACUGCUUGGCAUAGUGGUGCUUUACACCGCUGCAAAUUUCUUCAAAGCAAACUCUUGGUAAAAUCCUCUGAUUUGCCUCUGAUUGCAAAGCGGUGUGAAGACUGGAAUGAUUUGCCUGUUGGAAGAAUGUUGACUCUCGAGUGGGAGUCGGAGGGACUACAAACAGUGGGUAUUGUUGUGAUUAUAUUUGCAUCUCUGAAGCUGCUUCAUUUGCUGGGACUGAUUGAUUUUUCAGAAGGUUUCCUCUACGCUCAGAACAGUACCAAACGCAGCAUUAAAGAGCGACUUAUGAAGCUCUUGCCCUGCUCGGCUGCCAAAACGACAUCUCCUGUUACUCAAAACACUGUAGAAGAUGAAAUGGAAAUGGCCACAGUACGACAUAGACCUGAAGCUCUUGAACUGCUGGAAGCACAGAGUAAAUUCACAAAGAAGGAACUUCAGAUCUUAUAUAGAGGUUUCAAGAAUGAAUGCCCCAGUGGUGUUGUCAAUGAAGAAACCUUCAAAGAGAUUUACUCUCAGUUCUUUCCACAGGGAGAUUCCACAACAUAUGCACAUUUUCUGUUUAAUGCAUUUGACACUGAUCACAAUGGAUCUGUAAGUUUUGAGGAUUUUGUUAUGGGUCUCUCAAUUUUGCUCCGAGGGACAGUACAGGAGAAACUGAACUGGGCUUUCAACUUGUAUGAUAUAAAUAAGGAUGGAUAUAUAACUAAAGAGGAAAUGCUCGAUAUCAUGAAAGCAAUAUACGACAUGAUGGGGAAAUGCACCUAUCCCGUUCUCAAAGAAGAUGCACCUAGACAACAUGUGGAAACAUUUUUCCAGAAAAUGGACAAGAACAAAGAUGGAGUAGUUACCAUAGAUGAAUUCAUUGAGAGCUGCCAGAAAGAUGAGAAUAUAAUGCGAUCCAUGCAGCUCUUUGAAAAUGUGAUUUAAUGAAGACAUUAGGUCUACAACUAAUGGACAAAUAUGAACUAUUCUGCAACAUUAUCUAAAAAAAUGGAUUUCCCACUUUAUCAUAAAUAAAGUUACUCAGCUUUACACUGAGAAA